AAUGUUACGAUAUACAUCUUCGUUUCGCCCGGAGGAUCUCUUAAGUUCAUGUACUGGGAUGACAGAGCUGAGGCAUGGUUCAAGGAUUGGGCUGGACCAAACAAUACUUGCGAGAUUUAUGGAACUUGUGGUCCUUUUGGAGUUUGUAACUCAAUGUAUUUGCCUAUUUGCAGAUGCUUAGAUGGAUUUGUGCCAAAGUCAAACAAAGAAUGGAACAGUGGAAACUGGACCGGAGGAUGUGUAAGAGAGACAGAAUUGAAUUGCCAGAAAAACACAAGCACUCCGGCUUCAACAAUCAAAAAGAAAGAUGCCUUUUGGCAAAUGAGCCGGAUGAAACUACCUGACUCUGAGGACUAUUUAUCAGACAUUGGAGAUCAAGAAGGAUGUUUAAGCUGGUGCCUGAGCAACUGUUCUUGCUUGGCUUAUUCUUAUGUCAGCACCAUUGGGUAUAUGGUUUGGACGGAAGAAGACCUCAUCUACCUUGAGGAAUUUUCCACAGAUGGAGAAGAUCUAUUUGUUCGAGUUGCACAUGCUAAAACAGAUUAGAAAUGGUUUCAUUGAGAUGCAUUUGAGUCAACAUCAAUCGUCUUUUACAUAACUCUCUUUCCUUCUUCAGGAGGAUCGCCA